AUGUCCGAUAAUAAAGCAGCCGAGGUCAACAGGACAAUGUCAUCUUCGAUGUCAACUGAGUUCUCUCAACCACAGCAACAAAAUCCACAGCACAUGGAAUUGAUGUAUAGGUCAUCCCAACCACCGCUCACUGGAGAAUACCUUGAUACUACUGAAUAUCAUACAUCUACAUCAACAGAUCAAUCGCCGCUCCCCACUACGCCAUCUCCGCCGGAUCAAGCACGUACGUCCUCCGUAACAACACAAACUCAGACUGAUCAACCUUAUUAUGUGAAUGCUAAACAAUACCAUCGCAUUUUGAAGCGAAGAAUAGCGAGAGCAAAACUCGAAGAGAAUCUAAAGAUUCAGCGUGGGCGCAAGCCUUAUUUACACGAAUCUAGACACAAACAUGCCAUGCGCAGACCAAGAGGCCAGGGAGGUCGAUUUUUGACCGCUGCAGAGAUCGCCGAAAAAGAAAGGUUGGAAAAGCUGGAAGACAUGCAAAAAAACAACGAACUAAACCAGAAUCAAAAACAGCAAGACUCCGGAGGAAAUGUCGAAUGAUGACGUACGAUAGAAAUGUAUAAUACUACACAAUCCUAGUUAUUGUGACAAGACUUGCUAUAUGUAGUUCAUAUAAUUCCCAAGCUUUUGGCAAGUUCCUGCUCUGGUUGAUCAAGACUCAAAACAACAUUUUGAAUGUUAGGAAAUGAUGCGAGUUCCGAUUGAAGAUACGCCAAAAUCAUCUCCUUUGAACUGAUUUCCUUAACAGGAUCAAAAGGCUUUUGCUGGAUAGUGUUUAGUUUAUUGAAGCUGGAUCCAAAUGAAAGCUCAUCAUUUUCUAGCUCAAGCAAAAGCUCAACAUUCUCAUUGAAGUUUUUGUAAUUUUUGAUGCUAUCUGAUGCGGUUAUCUUUAGCAGCUUAGAGAGUACAAGCUUGAAAGCAUCUUGACCUAUGAUUUGAGCGUUUUCAGUUAUCAGGCUGGUAAGGCCCACUAUCAAAAUUUUCUUGUCAAGCAAAUUAUUAAAUGAUUCAAUUGUAGGGACGAUGACGCCAACAAGAAUCUGUUGAAACACUCCCGAUUGAACAUUCUCUAUGAAUCUAAUGACAAAGGAAGAAUUGAGCCCAUUUUUUUUCAAGUAAGGAUCGUUUGAGGUUGGCAAAGCAGCAAUGGAGCACAAAAAGACAAUGAAUCUUUUGACAAAUUUAUCUGUUCGAACCGUCUGUAAACGUGAGAGCAAUAUCAUUGCCACUUCUUUCAAAAAGGGCUCUAGGCAAGACAUGUCAACGUUUAGUAAGAUUGUUUCCAGGAAGUCAAAUCCCAAAUGAUCGUUCAAUUUCGAAGACACGAGCUUUUGGAAGACUCCUAAAAUGGGAGUUAGACUUGCGGCGGAUGUGAAUAAUGAAGGUUUGAAUCUGAUAAUUGCUGCCAAUAGCCUUUCAAUGGCUGGGAUGUUAGCUUUCAACUCCCAAACUGCUGGAGAACACAGAGGCUUAAUUAGUUGCUCAUAUUCAAGUGGCAUCUCGGCAGAGUUUGGAUAAACUUCCAAACAAUAUGAGAGAAUUUGAAAUGCAUAUGGAAUGAACUCAUGAAUGUCCUGAGCUAAAACUGAAAGCAUGCAAGGUUUAAUCAGUUCGAAAAUCUCUGUGAUCUGACUGUUGUUGUAACGUAUUAAUACACAGAUUGAUUCAAAUGUGUAGUGUGAAAAUUUCGGAUUUGAUGGGUUUUUCCCAAUAAUUUCAACGAUUUUCAUGAGCUGUUGUAGAAGCUGUGGGGCCCUCUCGCUCAGUGAGUCUUCCGCAGUGAGAAGAAUUCUCAUAACGCAUUUCAUUAAGAACUCAUUCUCUGCUAGUUUUUCUGGAGACUCUCCCUUCCUAAACAUGAGCCUAAACAGAUUUGUCAGAAGAUCAUUGAAUACAGACGCUGGGAUGUCAGUCUUGCUGAAUAGUAACUGUUGAUGACUUGAAGGAUUUCUCAAAGACAAGAUUUUUUCAAUGGUGAUAGCAGCGUAGGUAUACACCACGUAAUUACCGUCCUGGAAAUGUGAAGACAAAAGUGGAAAAGCUUCGAUCAACUGCUGUUUUGUAAGCUGAUUUCUAAAAGUGAAAAUGUACUUAAUUGCAUCGACUUUUAGAAUUGGAUGAGAGACUUGAUUAACUAAAUCUUGGGCCACAUAUUGUGAAAAGAACUCAACGACAUCCACCAAUAAAUUGGUAGAGGUUAUACCUGCAUUCGUAAUAGAUCCUUUUGCAGCAAUCGAGCUGAACAAACAUAUCGCCAAGUCUUUGGAUUUCCAAUCUGCCGGAUUGGACUGAGAGCUGGCCAAAUAAUGAUUGACGUAAUUCAUAACCACCUGAGUGACAUCCUGCUCCUUAUUUUCUUUCAAAGCUCUCAAAAAAUCUGUAGAGGCCCUUCUUCUUGUGUCGGAGUCAGAACCCUCAAGGUCCCUUCUUGUAUACUCAAUAGGGUCAUCCUCAAAUAAUUCCUCAUCUGACUCUCUCAACAUCACGUUUGGCAAAAUGAUUUUUUCAGUAAUUUCUUUUAACGCGUCCUCUGAUUUCAACGUGCUAUUGUACUGCUCCAGAGAAGCAAUGAUGGUGAGAAACUGUAAAGCUUUUGAUGCCAAAAUAUCAUAUUUCGGCUGUGUACCAAUAGAACUCAGCAAAUCCCAAAUGGUUCUGAUGAAUUCCGUGAUUAUACUUCCCAGCUCUUCUUGGUACCUUGUAGUGUACAGUUGGAUUAAUUCACAACAACUUGUUUUCACUUGAGUAACGAUAUCUAUCUCUUCAGUAUCAUUGGAAUCUUCAAGUAAUGGGUUUGAGUAUUUCAAGUAUUUGUGUAUGACAGCCAUACCUUCCUGGAGAUGGUCUUCGAAAAACUCUGGAAUAUCCUGACAAUUCAAGUCGUAAUAAAUUUUAACCAACAACAACAGAUUAUCGAACAAAAGUUUAAGAUUCUCUUUGUUUGAGGCAUUUUGAUCGAUAAGAUUAUCGACCAUCUUCAAAAGCUCCAGAAAGGGUUGGGCAAAUUGUGAGAGAACAAGAUUGAUUUCGAUGUAGAGCUCAUUGGAACCAAAUAGAGGCCGCCAUCUUUUGAAAAUUGAAUGAGCGACUUUCAAAACCCCCUUAUUGGUGUGCAUAUUCUCUGGAGAUAGUUUUCCAACAAGUUCUUGUAUGAGCUCCGGCCACAAUUCUGGAAAUUCCGAUUCCGCAAUGAGGGAGACUGCUUCGCCGAUUUGAAUUUGAAGAGAAUCAGGCAGCUGAAUCAUAAGUGAGAGAAUCUCUGCUUUAAUCAUCUUCACGUCAUCUAAAUGAAGUCGAUAAACACCUGUCUCAUCAAUCCAUUUUCUCUUGACCAAGUUCUUGAAAUAUAAUGAUCCUGCCAAUCUCACAGAAGAACUUAGCUCAUUGGCCGCCACUACGUGUAAUAGUGUAGAUGGAAAGCCCUUCUGAUCUUCAACACUUCUCAAGCUCUCCUCCGCAAGUUUUGCGGUAGAGGGUGACAACGAUUGUGCCAAUAGUUGUGAUACAGAUGCAAUAUCCGACAUCAAAAAAAUCCACUCGUUGAAGAUGAAAACAUUUAUAUAUUGUAUUCGGGAAUUUUUUUAUGGUGAUCGUCGCACACCAAUCUCCAUUAAAAUAAAACAUCUAAUCGAAAAAUUUGGCAAACCUUUGCCUCACGCUUUUCUUCUCGUCUUCUACAAGCUUUUGGACCACGGAUAGCUCACUCUUUAUUCCCUGAUCAUUAGGAGACAGAAAACUUGCCUUUUGGAGGAAUUCCAAAGCCACUUCAAAAUUUUUAAGCCCUCGGUAGGCCAUACCUAAGCGAUAAAAUGUCUUCGAUGUUUGGGUCUGUGUCAUAGGGACGUCUUUGUCCAUUUCCAAUAGAUACCCACAAUAGUCAAUUGUAGUCUUAUAGUCGUUCAUUUGGAGUGCCACUAAUGCCAAAUUGAGGUAGAUCGUUUUCUUAAGAUUCAGAAAUUUCUUAUGAUAUUCAGGGUUUGUGUCUUGAUCUGGAAUCAGCUCAUUACAAUACCGCAAAGCCUUUUUAUAUUUCAGAAAUGCGUCUCGUAGUCUUUUUUCUUUCAAGAGUAAUGACGCCGACUCCUUUAUCACUGUGCUAAUUUUGUAUGUCAUUUCAGGAUUCUCAAGGUCAAGACCCUCAACUUCAUUGUCAUCAGGAUAUUCUUCAUAAAUGUCUCCGCCAAGAGAGUCGUAGCAUGCAUUAUAGCACGGAACAGGAUCUCCAUCGUUCCACUUCCCACAAUUUACAAUGAGAACCAUCUCUUCUUUGACUGGUAUCCAGGCCUCUGAAUCGCUAUUUUUGGUGCUCAUAACGGACACUCUCUCAAUUUCUCUGACAACCGACUUUCCGUGUCUUACUUUACCAAAAACUGUAUGCUUUCCUGUCAAAUGAGGAGAUGCUAGGGUGUUGAUAAAGAACUGGGAGCUAUUAGAAUUGACCGUGCCUUUAUUAGACAUACAAACCAAAAACGGUUCAUCUAUGGCUCUUAAAUUUUCAUCAUCAAAGAGGUUUGAUGGAUAAAUUGAUCUGCCACCUUUCCCUAGACCAACGGGAGGAUAUUCAUCAUGUCGCAUUAUCUUGUGAUCCGUGUCUCCGCCCUGAAUCAUAAAAUUCUUAAUUACUCUGUGGAAGCAGGUAUCUUUGUAAUCAUUAGUCUCGCAUAGCUGUAAAAAGUUAUCACAGGCUUUUGGAGCCUUCUCAAAGUCAAGCUCAAUAACUAUCCUUCCAACAUCCCUGGUUCCUAUCUGAAUGUCAAGAUACGCAAAAGUUUUCAUUGUACUGAAAACUAAUUAUAUUUAUUCUCAUGGCCUAAAAAACAUCUUUGCAUUGCCUAUUUGAAAAUGUGGGGAUGGGGAUUUUUGAUAUAAUCGAAUGUAUUGUCUUUCGCUCAGCUCAUGUUAAUAUCGUCAAGCGUUUUAGAUAAACCAGCAGCGAGCUGUCUUAAAAGACG